CAGCAAGUCUAGCAGUUUUGAUUAAUAGCGGUGGUUUGCAGGACGACUGGAAGUUUUUGAAAGUAAGAAUUUUAAGGAAACUAUAACUGCACAUUUCUUCGAGAAAAAGUCCAAGAAAACGGAAGAUACAGGCAUUAAGCUCCAGAUCUCUUUCAAUUUAGUUUGUGUUCCGGUUAAUCCAACACUGAAAAUCCAGUGGCAGUGCAAUCUUUGGAAAAUACUAAAAUCGUGAAGAAUGAGUGUAGAUCGUGGAGAAAUCUUGUCAGAAUAUCCAAUGUAUGAGGUUGAUCUUGACUCACCGGAAGAAGUUGAAGUGGACUACGGUUAUCACUCUAUAGGCAAGAAUAUUCUGGUAAACAAAAAUUCAGAUAAUAUGUUUACUGUAACUAUGUAUGGCAACUAGAUGAUAUUCCCAGUCUGAACCGCGCAGUUCAAUUUGGCGGUCUAUAUUGGAAUCGAUAUUCUAGGAAUCUAUCAGUAGCCAUAUAUAUUAAAAGAAUUAAGUUAAAAACUUUCGCACCACUUUAUGUUAUUUAGGAACCGAUCUUUGUCUUUGAGGUAAACAAAACUUAUAUUUUACUGUAACUAUAUAUGGCAACAAGGUUCGAUCCUAUUUUUUCAUCCUAGCCCUACGUCUGAGAAUUUAUAUGACAACAUGAAUUUGUCUAUAGAAAAAGUUGAAAAAUUCUUCAACCAUUCUAUAUUCAUAUAGGAACACAUUGAGGUAAACAAAACCGAAAUGUUUACUAUAACUCUGUAUAGGUGAUAAGGCAACAAUAUACGAUCCUUCAAUUUGAUUGUCGGUAUUGCUUUAUUAGAGGAAGAAUUUUAAGACUUCUCAGCUAUUCUAUCUAUAGUUAAGAAUAUUGAGGCAAGUAAAACCUUAUAUGAAAUGUCUACCGCUGUAACUAUAAUAGGUGAUAUGCCAAUAAGAAGGCGAUCCUUGAAUUUGAUUGUCAGUAUUGUCUUUAUUAGAAUUUCUGAUAUGACAACAUAUCUUUGUCUAAAGUCAAGAAGAUGUUUAAGACUUUCCAGAUGUUCUAAAAAGUUAGGAAUAUUGAGACAAAUAAAACCUAUGUGAAAUGUUUACUUUAACUAUAAGUAAUAUAUGUAAUAUGGCAACAAGAACGCGAUCCUUGAAUUUGAUUGCCAGAAUUGUCUUUAUAGAAUUUAUAUAACAACAAUCAACAUAUCUUUGUCUAAAGUCAGGAAGAUGUUCAAGACUUUCCAGCUAUUUUAUAUAGUUAGGAAUAUUGAGGCAAAUAAAACUUAUGUGAAAUGUUUACUGUAACUAUAGGUGAUAUAUGGCUACUUGAAAAAUUAUUAAUGAAUAUAUAUGUUUAACUGAAUAUUUAAAAAUUAAUCUAUUUCAGUCGAUUGCUUGAAACACGAAAAGAUCUGCAUGUUUUGCUUAAAAUAUUUAUUGAAAAAGGCACCAAGGGCUAGGUACUUCAAUGGAUAAGCUAUAUACUUUUUAUUAUGAAACAACACUUCGGAAUUUUGGAAAGAUGGUAGUUAAUGGCAUGAUCCGUCAGAUAAACUAUAUUCGCGUAUGCUACUUAACGUUUCUUAAUUUCUAUUUCUACUCGUUCUGCACUAUAACUUAUAAGUACAUUUUGUACAAUGAGUAAAGAGAUGCGCUUUGAUCCUUAUGUAGUUUCCGGUGACGCCAACCACAGCCAAGGAUUGAUUACCCUAAGAUUACCUUCUAUUGUUUGUUAGGAUUAGAUAUGUUUUCGUUCAUCAAUUGCCUUUCAUGCGCGAUACGUAACACUCGACCUUAGUUAAAGAAACUUUAAUACUCUUGCAUACAUUGUAAUUUGAUUUGCAUGGGAAUACGCUUAACUUAGGCUGGCAUCGUUUGCAGAGACAUCUUUUAAUAGCGGCUUAGAUACAUGUAGGCUUCCUGUGUGUUUAUACUUCGGGACCACUGCAGGACAAGCAAACUGCUGAUAGAAAGCAAUUAACAGCUAGCAGGUAUCCGAAAAGGGAAUAAUAAAUUCGUUGAAGGUAAGAGAUUGGUUUUAAACUCGACAAUGGAAAUACGUUACUGGGAAUUUAUAAAAAAAAAAACUGUUAAAUAAUUAAACUGAGUUAAGAUCAUCGUUAUUCAAUCUUCAUUUUUGGAGGUUGUUUGUGUUUUCUUCCAAUAUUAGCUUGACAUCCUUGUGUUGAUUAGAGAAUGAGUUCGUGAGAAGUCGUGUGUAUCUUAAUUAUGGGAAGUUAGCGUUGGACGUGCACAGGAGCUAUAGCCAUUUACAAAUUGCCGAUAUUCGGUUGGUGAUGUUUUGAGCUUUUAUAUUAUAAGCAAGACAAAUCUUUCAUAAAUUAGCUGUAUUUAAUUGUUCAGUUUUAUCGACUCUUCCGUUAUGAUAUCAGUCAUGGAAAGACUGGUGCAUCAUCAGUACUUGAUGUUCCAAAAAAUCUCGAAGCUUACUGAAGGGACAAAUGAAACCAGCCCAGUUGCCAUUUUGGUGUUUGUCCUUCAGUAGCUUUGAUGACUGAUGUAUCGUGAUGAAUCGUUAACCUUUAUCUUUUAGCGUUCAAAACAAUUUUGGAAUGCAAUUGGCAAAAUCACCAAAAAUCAGCCUCGUCCCAGGCGCUUUGCCAAAAAUUAUUUACAACCUUUUUUUUGGUUAUCGCACUAAUGAAUUUAACAAUCAAAACAUUUUGAAAGGUAAUGAUCCUGUAAUGAUUUGAUGAAUGGUGAACUCAUAAAUUGUUUCAUGAUUAACGAAAUAGUUUACGCUUCGUCUCACAUUACAUUCGAGCGAACGGUCAUUAACAAAUUAUUAUUCUGUGAUCGUCAUUACCGUCAUGUUUCCAUGGUAACCUUACCUGCACUUUAGCGUCGCGUCCUUUCGCGGGCGCGUGAAGGUCGUACGCUUCAGUUCACAAGUCAGAUUUCAUCUCGAAACAAAUCUUGCAAAUUGUGGCUUUUUGCAGCCGUUGUUUGUGGCCAAACAUUGAAAGCAGUUUGGGCUUGCAUGACUUGAGUGUUGUCCUUUUCUGAGGAAAUUUAUUGACCUGUGUGGAGCACGAUUUGUGGUAAAAUUUGUGGUCGCCUUGCGGCUUGUUGGAGUACCUGCACUUUGUGUUGUGUUGAUUGUUGAAGACAAAGAGUUGUAAACUUUCUAUACUGAUACAAUCGGGAAAGCCGAAGGUCAACCAUGAGCUUCCACGAUUCAAGGAGUCCUUAUUCAACAACUUACGAAUCACGACUGCCUAGCGUUAUAAAGGUUUGCAAAAAAUCGCAUCCUUUCUCAUAAUUCCUACCUAUGUGUACUAUUCGAACAGAUUCGAAACCGUAAUUGCUACAUUGGGUGAGCAAUAUUAUUCCACACUUUUAACCACAUAUUGUUUUACAGAAACUAGAAGAACAACACUUGCAAUCAGACGAGAAAACAAGUCACAACGGAAAGGCUUAUGUACCUAGUAAAAUUCGCGAUAUAGUGACAAAAUCGAUUUCCAGUUCCGAGCCGAAGAUGUCUACGGGGACGCUUUCUGAUGAAAAGCGAGCACUGGAGAACGAAGUUGGUCGACUGGAAGAUUUGCUGUCUUCGACCAGAGCUGAAAGAGAUGAAAUAUCAUCGAAAUAUUUAGCAGUAAGUGAGCGAGUAAGUAUGCAAUACUUAAAUGUGAAUAGCAGCCAAGCUGAGCGUAUUGUUUAUUUUGAGGGGGUGUCUGUAUUGUGCUAUGCACGUGUUUGCUUUCACAUCUUCCGUCGUUUCCUCUUAAUUUAUUCCAAUAUCAAUGUAACCCAUCUAGUCUGCUUAUUACAAAUUAGCGAGGCAAUAUCGUUGAAAUAAAUUAUUCACUAUUUUUAAUUUUUAACUUAAAAAUAGGUAUUAAAAUUAAAUUUAGAUGAGUUAUUCGUCAGGCCAGGUGUUUUUCAUAUUAAUUUUCUGCCAUUGUGAAAUCAAGUGUCCCAUGUGGAUCUGACCUGCAGAGUGGUGCUAGGGAGGAGGGGAAGGGAAAUGUGGACCUGUCGAGUAUCCAGCUAUUAUCCUUCAUCCAAACACCUUAUCUUGUUUCUUGUAUUAUAAGUACUCAGUACAAGAAACUGUGGUUGUGUUGUAACCACGUACCCAGAGUCUUUCCUCUUGGUGAGGGAAGAAAAGACCCUGGUAGACACUAGUCACAUGAUCUGCUAAAAUCUAGCAGAUUUUUAAUUAGCAAUCCUAGAUGAGGUCAAUAAAUAUUUUAUACUUGCAUGAUUUUUAUGGUUUAAUUUAUAAUUUGCAUUUUGUAUGAUUGUCGUAAAGGAAUCCAAGAUAGUUAAUUAGAAAUCUGCUACAUUUUAGCAGAUCACAUGACCAACCAGCAUCUUUUCUCCCAAAGAGGAAAGACCCUCGGCUGGAUCAACUCUCUCAAUUAUGCAUCCAUGGCAAAUGUUUCAUUGUUUCUCUUGUAAUAAACAGGGCUAUUGUUACUGUUACUUUACCAGGGUUGUUACUUUACCAUGAUUAUGGCUUUGCACUGUACCACUUAUAUGGUAUUACUAAAUCUGUUGAUUACAAAGAAUCUGUUAGUUUGGGGUUCCUGGGGUCCCAACUGUCCUCCCAUUGUCAUAAAUGUUCCAUCCUCUUGUGUGAACAGACCCUAAGCCAAGUGCUUCACACUAUUAUAAUAAAGCUGUGUGUUUGAAGGAAUAUGAAUUAGUUCAAUCUGUUGUUUCAUUCUAAUCCAGCUUAACGAACAUGUGAAAAAUGGAGGAAAGAGCAUUAACACAACUGAUGCAGGAAACGAUAGUCUUGUUCAGCAAGUGGCCUACCUUCGGCACAAGUUGGAUGACGAACAUGCAAGUUAUAAACGAAAACUUCAGGCGUAUCAAGAUGGGCAACAAAGACAAGCUCAGUUGAUACAGAAACUUCAAGCUAAGGUUUGACUUGAGUUGGAUAAAUAGUUAUUAAUAUCCAAGUGGCUUAAUUUCAUUCAUAAAUAAUUCUGUCAUCACUACACUACCAUUUCAUAGAAUGCAACUUAAUGGGUUAAUUUAUAAAAGGCCUUGAGGCUUAACCUUCAGCUUUGACUAGUGAAUUCAUGUCAACUAUUAUUCACCAAAACAGGACUUUUUCUAUUUCCUGUUUGGUCUAAGCAAACUACAUCAGACAGUGAAAAUAAUUCUGUUGAAGAUUUCUUAUAAUGUAUAAUUUGAUUUUCUGAGUAGGGUUAUGGUCCUGGCAGGGCUUGAAAUAACGUUCCCAAAGUUCCCGAUCAUGGUGAUCAGCAGUCAUGACUUUCCCUGCUUUUUCUGGGUUGCUUUUCCACCGAUCAUAAGCAAUUUCUUGCCGAUCGUUGAUUGGUGAACGGUUGUUAUUUCAAGCUCUGUAAUGGUCCUCAUUGAAUUCCUGUAACAGAAGAUUUUGAUAUAAUUAAUUCUAUAAACGUUUUUGGACCAAUCAUACAAAUUGAAUAACCUUGUAUAUUUUUAUCAUUAAUGGUUAAUAUAUUAGUAAAUUAUUUUUUAUAUUAAAAAUUAAUUAUUGAUAGAAGAUUAUUAACAUAACUAUUAACGAUAAUGUUGUUUAGGUGCUACAGUACAAACGAAAAUGUGGAGAACUGGAGACUUCAAUGACUGAAAAAAUACAGGGAGAAGAACAUGCAAAGAAAAAGGUAUUAGAGAUACAGUAGAUGUAAUGUAUGAUUAUUAUGCCUUCCAAUAUAAAUAUAUAGCAAGUCUCAUGAACAUUUGUUCCCACUCAAUUGGCUUCAAUGCCACCAGCAGCAAAAAGAAAUAGUUUUGCUGUGGGAAACAGUGUAUUUUCCUUUUUUCAUUUGACUUCAUCUGUGUAUUUUUGUUUGUUUAAGUUAAAACAAAAUCUGUAUGUCUUUUUAUUUGCUUUCUGUAUUUUACCCCAUUGAGUACCAGUGUGACACAUGAGUAAAGAAUAGACAGAGUGAAAUAAUAAACUAAGUAAGAUGCAUUGGCGCCAUAAUGCAACUCGAUGGGUUACUGCAUUCCAUUGUUCUUUUGUAAAUUCUUACAGUUACAAGAUGCCACAGACUCACUGCGAGAGAAAGAAGAAAAAUUGAAAGAGACUGAAGAGGAACAUGGGAAUGACCUGGAGAAUUCACUGAUUCAACUAGAACAAGAACAACAAAGGUUCUAAUUCUUUUUGGGGGUUUUCUGAAUUAAAGUUAAAAUUUAAGUGUCCAGCUAGAGGAAUUAAUUUUAUAAAAUGCUAUGUUCAUUGUUUGAAAACUUGAUAUCAGGUGAUAAUAUAAGAAUGAUGAAAGCAAUAGAGAGUAAGGCAAAAGGUGCAUCUAGUGAAGAGUGAGAAGAUUCUAGAUAGAAAAGGAUAUAAACACAAAGACAAUUGUAAAAGAAAGCGGAACAGGUAGCGGAUUGAUUAAAAAGCUAGAAAUACCAAGAGCGGUCAAAAAGGAUGGUUUCAAGACAAAACAGCAGUAUAGUGAUUAUUUGCACACUAGCUGUUAAAUACGCAAUUUGUUGGAACAGCAUUGCUACAAGCCUGCUGCACGUUUGUUACAACUUGUGCGUUUUUACGUGUGUACAUCUUUCUCAAGCUAAAUGUCUUUAUUAGGUGCGCAGGUCUUCAACACGUGAACAACAUGCUUCGAGAACAACUGGAUGAUGCUACAGAAGCAAAUGAACAGCUGACUGUGGAAGUUCAAAAAGUGACGGGAGAAAAUGAAAAAUUGAAGGAAGAGCUAGAAUCACGUGAUGAAGAGGAGCAUGCGUAUUUCGCGAAUGAACAUAACCGUUUGAUGUCAUUAUGGCAGACACUCACCUCCUUCCGACGGCAAUUUAAUGAAAUGAAGUCUGCAACGCAAAAGUAAGGUUACAUUUAUACUCUACUGUAUGUUUCCAGUUUUGCCAGGACAGGAUGGAAGACAGAAUUGAAUUUGUUGAAUGACAAUAAGUCACUAAGCUAAAUGAAGAACGGAGAUUAAAGGAGAUGAAAAAUAAUUGAUUAGGUUUUCUCCUAGCCGAGAAUUUGUGUAAAACACGCUUUGAAUACCUCAAAUCUUCGUUAUUAAGAGUGCACGAUACAGAUUCGAAAUUUUAAGAAGUUGCAGCACAUGGGAUGAGAAAAACUACGGAAACCGCAAUGGAAGUUAAUUAGAGCAAUAGAUUCAGGAUUUAAAAACUCUAUUGUUUACCAUAAAAAUAUGUACACCACCCCAAAUCUUCAUGGUAACUUUUGUAUUACAUGUACAACCUCGCAAGCCAAGCUCUUUAAUUACUUUAGCGUGUUUGAGAGGAGAAAAGGCUACUCGUGAGAACAGUGUAUAAGAUUAAUCAAAACUCCGCAUUAUUUUUCAGAGACCUGUCAGUUAUCCGUAGUGAAGUGAACAAAUCUGCUCGCACUGUUCAAGGUGCGUGUAUGGAUCUUGAUAAAAACAUGAGAAGUCUUGAUUCCAAUCUCAAACUGGAACUGGAGGAAGAACGCGAUAAAAGAGUUCAGGUAAUCUAUGGCGUAGAUUUGUUAAAGACUUGUUUGACUACUUGAGUCCUCUUUUGUGAAGUAUCGCUUAGAAAUGAACUAAUAAGAAGCCGCGCCCCGUUCCAGUAUAGCGUCCCAAUUGGCUUCCUCGUUGCAAACGCAUUUUUACUGCCUUUCAUUUUAUUUGCUUUCCUUGUCAUGCCGAAACUUUUCCUAAAUACUGCCAUGCAUGUGCGUUCGGAAGGUAACUGGAACGCGAAUGCAACGUUAAGUUAUUUCUGAAAAGUAACUACGCUUCUGUGAUCGCUCACGACUUCCUCGUCCGCACGUGAUACUUCCGGGGCGGUCGUCUCAUGGCAUGCCUAGUAUACAGUGUACACUGAUUUUGUUGUUGUCAUCUAUAGCUUGAGCAGUUGCUGCAGCACAAAAUUCAAGACUUUAUCGACCUGCAAGCACUAUACGCCAAAGAUGUGGAGACUUAUAACAAGAGGUAUAUGAAACAAGAAAUUUUCAAACAAUUAGGAACAGAUAAAAGAUAAUGUAGAUACUGUAGUAGGUGGAUUAUUAGUCGCAUGAUAAAAGGAAUCAAUUGACUAUCAAGGGAGAUUAUAACAAGAUUUAAUGUUGUCAAUUAACCAGGUGAUUCUUGUUUGCAGAAUUCAGGAACUGGAAAAUGAGAAGAACAAACAAAAUUCAAUGUUGAAGGAAAAAGACGGUGAUGUCACGAUCUUAAAGACACAGAUCCAAUCUUUGGUUUGUACUAAAUUCUACUUAGUGGACUUACAAGAUGCAACAUGCUAACAAUAGGACACUGUCAUUUGUUAGCUAGUUCAAUUGUAGAGAACAAUCGUCUUGAACGGGAUUGGGGAGCGUUUUGAGGGUACUGACUGUCCAUUCCAUUAAGACUAAACUUCACUUGGAAUAGCCUUUUUCGAGAGUUACUACUCUUGAUCAUAUUGAUCUGUCGAGUCAAGCUCUCAAUCCAUUGAUCUAUCGAGUGAACGGAAAUUGGACUUUUAUCCAGUUUAAAUGCACGUACGAUGGGGGAAUAUUUUUGACAACGUAACGCUGGUCUUGGAGUUCAUGCAGUGUUUCAAUAUAUACUAUAAUUACAAAAUAAUUCUUGCUGAAAUAACGAGAAACUAUUUGCAUUUUAAAGUUUCCAGACCGCUGUUCUACCAUCGAGCCAUCUUCAUUAGGAAUUUUUCUUUCAUUUCAUUUUAGGAAACAGGCAUGGCCACGAGAACGGAAGAGUGGGAAGUUCAGACAGAGUACAGUCAAGCUGCAAUGCGUGAGGAGACUGAACUACUUUCAAACACUCUCAAAGAAGUUGCUAAGGCGAUCCUUAAAGAUACCGAAGACAGUGGAAAAUUUGUUGAUGGCAGAAGCAAAUGUAUGUCCACAGGUUUUAGUGUAUGAUUGUGUAUAACUACUGCCAGUAAAUAUAUUGGUGAAUGAAAACUGCUUGAGUGGUGGUGAUAAAUACCAACCUCGUUCUUCCUAGGCUCUUCCCUCGUGUGGAGGUAGGAUGAUAAUUACAUAAUUUACAUGAUAGUUCAGUCUUGAUCCAUGUGGAUCAGGCUUCUCAGAUGGUUCAGACCCAAACCAACGGCAGCGUAUUGUAGUGUACUACCAAUAUUGGACGACGCUUGCCUAUUGCUGAAUAUUAUCAGCCAUCAGGGCUCUGUAAGACACUGUUCCGCUGUUUUGGAUUAUGGCAGUUUAUUGUAGAAUGCCCCCACAUUUGGCAAACAUGUAGGCAUUGUAGCGAGAAAUCCUCAUAAGACCGUUAUGAGGGAGGUUCAGAUUCCACUACUGCUACUCUCACUGGCUUAUUACGCAUCUGAUUGGUUAAUCGGUAUAUCAAAUGCAUUUGAUUGGUUAAUGAGAUCUGAAGCCCUCUAUAAUGCGACAACGACCAUGGCUUUGGAAAAUAUGACACUCGAUCAUCGUAGUUUUUAUAUUACAAUGUAGGUGACAGUUUUGAUGAAUCUUUGACAGCAGAAGCUGUUGAACUGUUUGAAGACAUACCAAUUACAAUCGCUCGAAGAAGUCCGUCACCAUCACGAGCUGCCCAGAUGCGCUCGUUGUCUCCCGUACGUGGUCGGUCGCCGGCAGUUGCCGAUAAUACGCUAGCUAUGGUCCAGUCUGCUAUCCACAAGCGCGGUCUACAAGUACAGGUAAUGGUCCAUAAUCUUACUAUAAACACACUGGUCAUGUCGUCAGAAGUCCAUUUAUUAUGACUGACUAUUGCCUGUCUCCACUCUACUCACUAGCCUUAUUCACUCAAGUGGUAUCUUUAAGCCAUCUUUAACAAUGAAAAUUUUCACAUUUCAGAAAAUGAAAGCAGUUGCAGACGCUGCCAAAGACUCCGCCAACGAGAGCAAGAAACAACUGGAAUUCAGUGAAGAUGAGCGACGAAAACUGGAGAAAACGUUGAAUGCAGUUCGCGAAGAACUUGAUACAACGUAAGUAUAUGAAGCACUAUACUUUCCCGUAACAUGCUGUAUGCCUGUACCAUAGCAUACCGUUUCCGUACCAUAGCAUAUAGCAUUUAGAUACUACUAUAGUACUAUUAAGAUAUCAUUACCAUAGCAUAUCAUCCCACACCAUACCAUGGUAUUAACUAAGGACCAUACUAUUUCAUACCACACUACACCGUACCAUAGCAUUAAGGUACCAUCAUACCAUGUCAUAUCAAUACCGUAGCAGGCCAAACGAUAGCAUACCAGACCACGUCAUACACUGGUACUAACUAAGAAUCCACACUAAUAUCGUAGCGUAAUAUACCAUACCAUGUCAUGCCCAUAAUAUUAAGGUACCACAUCAUACCAUAGUAACGCACUGUACCAUACCAAUCCCAAGCCUACGACACCACAACGUACCAUACAUUUCUAGUAUACCAUAAGAUGAACUUUAAUAUUUAAGCUAUCAUUUUUUGCAACAGGAAAUACAAAGUCAACGAACUCCACACAGACAAAGAACGUUUCAGAGGUCAUGCAGAGAACCUGGAAGCUGAUAAAACAAACGUGGAGAAAACUCGUCAAAAACUACAAGAAGAAUUGGAUGUUGUCAGCAGCGAAAUUGACAAACUUAAAGCAGCUAAUGUUGAACUGCAAAGACAGAGGGAUAAUCUUGAAGAUGAAAAAGAAGAUUUGGAAAGAGAUACAGCAAAACUUCAAAAAGAAAUGCAACGCUUACAUGGUUUGAUUGAACAAAGUGACGAAAAACAGUCCACGAUGAGAGAAGAGUUUGUUCACACCAAGGAACAACUGGCUAGGUAAGGACUUUGUUUACUUUUAAAAUUGUAGAUGAUGCAGAUUGCAGAACUUACAAGGCAAGGUACAGCUGUAUACAUGUAAUUCUAGACCCCUUGUGCGCUGCUGCGCAUACUCCUAGCAGAAGACUUUUGUCACUGUGAUUCUUGUACAUAUGUUUCUAAGGAUUUCAGUUGGUUUUAAAAUUGUUGGAUGUUCAUGUGAAUACUCGAAAUCAUUACAUGGUCCUUGAUACAAUAGCAAACGUUUCAUAAACUGUGCACCUCCCUACCUGUUAACCAAGGUUAAUAAAUACUGUAGCUAUGGCGGAACAGCGAUGGCGGAAUGUGGCGUGGUCUCCAUUUUAGCUCGCCUGUUGGCUUCAACAAAAAAUUGGCAAAUUCCACCAUCCCAUCUUGUAUUACAUAAAUUUACAAGCAAGGUACAACCGUACAAGUAUUUAUCCUUUUUCCUAUUUUAUAGAUCUGUGCUUGACAAAGAGGUUGUUGAGCAAGAAAAUGCGCAUGUGAAAGAGCUGUUGUCUGCAGCUGAGUUACAGAGAGCUGAACUAGAGCUGGACAUGAAUAAAAUGAGAUCGGAGGAAAUCGCAUUACGUGACGCCCUGGUUAAACUACAGUCUUUGAACGAAGGCUUAGGUAUGUUUUACUUUUCUUUGAGGUGA